AUGGGCAUCAUUAAGGUUAACAGAAAAUUGCAAGCGUUGGUAGAUGACAGUGGCAGCCCUACAGGUUCUGUUAGCGACAGCGAAAAUGUGGCAAACGAACCACUAUAUGGCACUAAAGGGUUAGAGACAACUUUCUGUCUAUCACAAGCUGGCGAGGACGCGACUCAAGUAGAAAAGGUUGAGUUGCAAUUAAGCAAGGGAAGCCUUGUUUCAGGCUUUGAAACGAUAUCCGAUGUGAAAUAUUUGGACAAGGAUGCCUUCAGCUACACCUCUUCAUUUCAAGCUCGGCCCUUCUCAGAUUGUUUUGACUUCACACAACCAAAAAGCGAGACGAUCUUUGAUGCUGGUAAUCAAGGCGCGAUACCAUCGCUGGCCACAAAAGAUAUCAUUUCGGAGGCCCUCAUUACUGACAAAACUGCUGUAGACAGUAUCUCCUCAUUUAUUCCUCGAGAAAAUGCCGAGCAUGGUAUAGAAUCAGAGCUUGAAGAUUCAUCUAACCAUAUUCAGUGUGUCAUAGACCAGAUUGUACAUUUCAAAAGCGAAUUUAGAGAGCUAAUUGCGAAGAUUGAUGCAGCAUCCCUUGAAUCCGCUCGUUAUCGGUACUCACAGGGAAAUCGCUCGCAGAAUGAACAACUUGCUGAGGUUACUGGCUCAAAUGCUGUUAUGUCUGAAGUUGUAGAUACUGUUAUCCAAACCUUGAAUGGGCUGUUGCCUAGAAGGGCUCCGCCGAAAAGAACCGCAAUUCUUGCAUCAUCCGUUCCUCCCGAAACCAAAAAGCCUAAGGCGAAUAUGCAGGCCUUCAAUUUCCGUGGAAACUCCUUGGUUACUCAAUACCCUAAUUCAGGGGAGCGUACUGUUAUUGUACAAGAAGACGAUCCCUGUAGUAAAUUGCCGAAUUUUGGCGUGAUAUUAAUCAAAUCCCCUUCUCUGAUAUCGCAGCUAUGGGACGAAUAUACAAAGCUUCCCAGUGAGUGGCCUGUCAAAGACUUGUUUUCAUUUUCCUUGCAACAACGUGAACAUAGCCACUUGGACAUAGAAAUCGCAAGCAGACGAAGGCUCACCAUUCGCGAGUUGGAAAAUAGUUACGGGUCCUCUUGGCGGAAUGCUGAUAAGAACUUCUCGCGGCAAAUAAAUAGGAGGAAGAAGAUAUGGUGUGCAAUAGAACAAGGCCUACUAGAUGGGCUAGAACUGAAAGAAUGUUUUGAAAUUUUAGAGAACUAUGUGAGAGAUCGAGGCAAGGGUCUGAGUUGGUAUUAUAACGGUGUUCCUUUCAGGCUAAUAGAGAUGAGUAGGGACAAAAAACCAUCUUAG